AUGGUCGCAAACAAUUUGGCCUUCACUCAAGGAGAUAUGCCAUCUGAAGAUGUGUUCGAGCAUUACAAGGUUGCCGCUGCAUCUUCAGGCAGGAAGAAGGACAACAAGAGAACUCGGGGGGAGAGAAGUAAAAUCGCCUCAAAGAAGGCCCGAACUGAGGACCCUCCAGCCACUGUCCCUUCGAAGGAGAACACACCACCUCCAUCGCCACUCGAGAAGCCGGCCUCAACUCCUCCGGUCAACCAGCAUUCCACUCCUCCAACACCCGUCGACCGACACCGUACUCCUCAGGACCCUACCAGUCAAACACAGCGCACUCAACCCGAAGGCUCCCUUUUCAGCAUUGUGGUCAGCUCAGCCAGGGAGAGGAUAUACAAGCUCUCCAAACACAAACGCAGUCAAGAGGCCAUUGACAGAACCAUUUCCAUGGAGACUGACCAAAUACUCAACCGAGGGCUGAAUGAGAUAGUUAGCGGAUUGCUGACCAUGACCGCUGGCUGGCGCCGUGCGGGUGCAAUGGUGUCCCAGACCAAAAUUUUUGACACCAGGCUUGCUGAGGCUAAAAAAGCGCUUGAAGGGAAAAACACUGACCUGCUCGAGAAGAACAUUGAGCUAACUAAGCAGAACGAUGAGUUGCUUGAGAAGAGUGUGGAGCUGUCUAAGCAAAAUGAGGAACUGCUCGAACAAAAAGCCACUCUGACCGAGGAGCUGCUGGAGAGUCGGGGCGCCCUGAAGAAAUCCAAUGAAGACAAAGAAAAAUUUAGGGAAAGCGCUAAACUCAACUACCAACAAUCCCAACAGCUCGAGCUUAAUUUGAUUACGAGCAGGCACGAGACGGAGGAGCUGGAAAAGCGCAUGAAGGAGCUUGAGGAACUCGAAGCCAAGAACAUGGAGAACCGGAAGGCUAACUUCAGCUACCUGUCAGAAUGCCUGAGGCGGACUCUAAUGUCUCAGUGUGCCAUUCGCCUGGAGGAAGAAGAGAGGGCUAAUGUUCCUACUUCCCUAGAGAUCUCUCUGGCAACAUGGAUAGAUGGUGCAGAUAAUGAAGCUGGUGCAGCUGUCGACCAAGACGCUCCUCAAGACCCUCCAACCUCUUAG